GCCACAUCCUUUAGGAGCUGAAUCUGCAGGCCUGUCAUUAUCACCGCCGAGGAGACUGACUGACGGUGCCUAACAGGAGGAUUUUGGCAGCAGUCAGUCAUUAGUGGGAAUCUGCGGGAACUCAUGGCAUCGUCAGACCACCAAGGAAACAAGGAGCCCACAAACACUUCCCGAACAGAUGGAGCUCCAUCCACGGGUGCAACCUGCCCCGUCCACUCAGCCGAAGACGCAAAGCGAAACGGCUUAAGAAAAGGCCUGGUCCGACAUCGAGACUACGUCAAAAUCUCUGUUCCAGAAGGAAAGGGCAACCGAUUGCCAUCGGAAUGGUGGAAGACGUUCAUCGCCUUGUUUUAUGCAGCUUUAAACCUGGUUUUGACUACGGUUAUGAUCACGGUGGUUCAUGAGAGAGUACCACCCAAGGAGGAAAGCCCACCCCUGCCGGAUAAGUUUUUUGACUAUAUAGACCGCGUGCAGUGGGCGUUUACUGUGACUGAGGUCAACGGCAUGGUUCUGGUGUCUAUAUGGGGCAUUCAGUUGCUCUUUCACAGAUACAAGGCUAUUGUAGCAAGGCGCUAUUUCUUCCUGCUGGGCACCCUGUACAUGUACAGAUGCAUAACCAUGUACGUUACCACUCUACCAGUGCCUGGCAUGCACAUGGUCUGUGCCCCAAAGCUCCACGGAGAUUCCGAAGCGAAGCUGCAGCGAGUUUUACAGUUGCUGUCUGGCGGUGGAUUAUCAAUCAACGGCUCUCAUCUGCUGUGUGGAGACUUUCUGUACAGCGGCCACACUGUCAUCCUCACCCUCACGUACCUCUUCCUCAAAGAGUAUUCUCCUCGUUCUUUCUGGUGGUACCAUCUUUUGUGUUGGUUAACGGCAGCUGUGGGUGUUGUGUGCAUCCUGGUGGCCCACGAGCACUACAGUGUGGAUGUGGUGGUGGCGUAUUUUAUCACCACAAGACUCUUCUACUGGUAUCACACCAUGGCUAAUCUGCAGACUUUGAAGUGUUCGCCGAACAACUACCUCACUCACACCUGGUGGAACCCUGUGUUUAACCUGUUCGAGAGGAACGUCCAGACCCACGUGCCUUGUUCUUUCUGCUGGCCAAUCACGUGGCCUCCUGCCUGCCUGAAGAACCCCUGUAAGAAAUACUCCAUGGUGCAGAGCGGGCGAGAAGAGUGACAGCAUCUGGAAGCAUUUUUGUAUUCGGUUAUUUGUGUGGCUCUCAGUGUUUACACCAAACCAAAGACCAAAGACUGCUUGGCUAUUGUUGCUAAUAAGCCAAACACACCACAGCCAAACAGCUCAAAAUCUUGCAAAACUCAAUACUAUCUGACAGGUCAUUGUUGAUAUUUGUUUUAUGUUAAUUUAUAUGUUGCCAUUUAAACGCUUUCAAUGACCUCCUGAAAGUGUUAUAGUUAUAAAAGUGAUAGAUUUUUGGAAAAUCUCUUGCUUUCUGUCAAAACAUAAUCUAUUAUUUUGUGCAUGCUUCUUAGUUGUAGUUUAUUUUCCCCUUUUCUAUUUAUUUAAAGUGUUUAGUUUGAAACAUGUUUGUCACUACAAGUGUUGUUCACAAGGGUGCAUUCAUUUUAUACACUAUUUUAUAUUAUAAAUGCAUGUGUUCUUUUUCUAACGAGUCAAACCAACUGUUAUUAUCUCUUAUGCUUAUUUUGUCUUAAAAAAAUAAAGAUGUUUUAU